AUGCAUACAUUAGACAUACGUAACAAUUCCCAGCUGAAUGGACUUAAUGUACCUGAUGCAAGCUGGAUUCCAGUUUCAAGUACACAAGAUGUUCUUGAUCUAAUGAAAAUUGGUCAGAGAAAUCGUGCGGUUGGUGCGACAGCUCUGAACGAGCGAAGCAGUCGAUCUCAUAGUGUUCUGACAGUUCAUGUCUAUGGAAAAGAGCUAGUUUCUGGAUCAAUUCUUAAAGGCUGCCUACAUCUAGUAGAUUUAGCUGGAAGUGAAAGAGUGGAUAAAUCAGAAGCUGCUGGUGAGAGAUUGAAAGAAGCUCAACAUAUUAAUCGGUCUCUCUCCGCGUUGGGAGAUGUCAUCUCUGCUCUUGCACAGAAGAGUCAACAUGUUCCCUACAGAAACAGCAAACUUACACAAGUACUGCAGGAUUCUUUAGGUGGGCAUGCUAAAACAUUGAUGUUUGUACAUAUAAAUCCUGAACUUAAUUCUAUUGGGGAGACAAUUAGCACCCUGAAGUUUGCUGAGAGAGUUGCAUCUAUAGAACUUGGGGCAGCUAGAUCGAACAAAGAAACUGGAGAAAUCCGAGAGCUGAAAGAAGAGAUAUCAAAUCUUAGACAAGCACUGGAGAGAAAGGAAGCUGAAAUGGAGCAAAUCAAAGGUGGUAGUAAUAGAAGCACAACAGAAUCUCAAAGAACAAGAGCAGUUUCUCCUUUCAAUGUCCCAAGAUAUGGUACAAGUGCCAACUUCAAACCUGAGACAUCUCAAAGGUCAAAUGAUGACACUAGAAGCUCAGAGGCUAGAAGUUGUUCUUCGGGUAAGCAAAGGAGAUCAAGAUUUCCUUCUUCACUAACAGACAAGGAAACAUUACCAAGGAUUCCUUUCCAAGGAGAAGAAAGGUUAGCGAGCUCCACAAAACCAAGGUCACCGUCCCCUCCUGUUAGGAGAUCAAUCUCGACAGAUAGAGGAGCCCACAGUAGAAGCAGGGUCAAGGAGACUGUUGAGAAUCAACCAGUUGCAAGAGUACCAUUUCCUGCUAGAGUGCCUGUCACCAAAUCCAUUUCUGCAAUUCCAGUGAUCCCAUCAGCAGAUAUCAGCUCAAAGGGUCCGUAUAUAGGCUCGCAAGAAGCGGUGAAGCAGGAUAACAUCUCCAGUGCAUUUUACAACCUCCAAAAGGUUAGCACCAGGAGAGUAUACCCAGAACAUGAAGAGGAGCAGUUUAGGCAAGCUCUUAAUAUAAGACAAGGAGGUAUUAGAAAAAGCAAAAAUGAAAGCAAGGUUAAGGCAAAGCAACAACUUCCUGCAAAGUUCAAUAAGUUUGAUGCUGGGACAACAAUGCUCUCCGAUAUGGAUGCUGGCGAAACGAUAGAGGGGCCAAGAAAGAGUGACUUUUCGGAGCCAGAAAAUGAGCAUUUGCUCCCUGUGUCUCCAACAAUAGGCGCUUUAAAGGUGAAGAAGCUUCAGAGGAACUUCUCAAGGAACUCUCAGAUUCUCGAACCAAGAGUUGUCCAAGUUGUGGAACCCUUAAUAGCUGGAAAACACGAAAACAAAGUUCCAAAUAAUGUAUCUCAUAAUGUGAAAGAAGGCGGAAACACCUCUACGCCUGAAUUCAGAAGGAGUCGAUCAACUCCUCGCGGAAAGUUCAUGAUUUUACCUUGA